AUGUCUCGUUUGACGCUUUGGCUUCGAGCAGGAUCCGAUGGUGUCAGAUGCGGUGGGGAUCCAGCCGCACAUAGUCUCUUCAUGUUGAUGGUUUGGAAGUCCGAGCAUGACUCCAACCUCAAAUUUGAUGUGAAAACAGUGAACGAAUCUCGUCCUCCUCCUGAGUUCAAAGAGUUGGGGCUUCGACGAUCGCCAGCAUUACAAAUAACCGACGAUACUGCGACUUCCGUAGAGGAUGAGAUUAUCGAGGAAUUGGACAAAUAUGGAAAAGUCCGAGAGCAGGCAACGGAAGCUGAGGACGCCACUGCUGACCUUUUUCGUGUUUUCGCUUUUUACAUCAAAGAUAUCAAGAAGGAGCCCACGGCUCUUCUUCAUGCGCUACAGCGAAUCGACCAACACCUCGCAUCAGCUGGAACACGAUUUCUAACUGGCAACGAACCUGCACACAUUGACUGCGUUGUUCUGCCUCGGUUGCAUUCGAUUAGAAUUACUGCAAAA